AUGCGAGAUAUGUUAGAUGAUCUUGGACAUGGCAACACAGAGUUUUUUGGCCAAUUUAAUGGUCAAAAUGAAGGAGGUGAUGGUCCUAGAGGUAAUCCUACUAGUCCAAAUAAAGAAGCUACUAAAUUUUAUAGAUUAUUGUUAGAAUUGGAGCAAGAGCUAUAUCUUGGUUGUGAGGAAUCUUCCACGUUGUCAUUCAUUGUUGAACUAUUGAAUUGGAAAUGUCUAUAUGGGAUUAGUGCAAAUGUUGUUGAUGGAGUGCUUCAAAUAAUGAAAAAAUGGUUUCCUAAAGGUAACAAAAUUCCCAACUCAUUUUAUGAUUGUAAGAAAAUUUCUCAAGAUUUAGGUCUUUCUUAUGAGAAGAUAGAUGCUUGUGUAAAUGAUUGCAUACUUUAUAGAAAUAAGUAUGCGAAUGCUCAUUGUUGUCCAACUUGUGGUGAACAUGGAUGGAAGAAUGAUGGGAAAGCCAUGAGAAUGGGUAAUGAGCAUGAUUGUAGGAAAAAAAUUCCACAGAAAAUCUUGCGAUAUUUUCCCUUAAUUCCACGCUUGCAAAGAUUGUACAUGUCAUCUACUAUUGCUAAAUACAUGAGGUGGCAUAAAGAAAAGUUAUGUAAUGAUGAAUCUAUGGCACACCCGGUUGAUUCUCCAACUUGGAAACGUUUUGAUGUUGUGCAUCCCUCUUUUGCAAUAGACCCACGUAAUGUUAGACUUUGUUUAGCAAGUGAUGGUUUUAAUCCAUUUGAAAAUAUGAGCACCUCUUAUAGUGUAUGGCCAGUUGUAUUAGUUCCUUAUAACCUCCCACCAUGGCUUUGUAUGAAAGAUCCUUAUUUCAUGACGUCACUUUUGAUUCCUGGUCCUAAAGCUCCUGGAAAUGAUAUUGAUGUAUACUUAGAACAACUGAUUAAUGAAUUAAAAUACCUUUGGGAGAAAGGUGUAAAGACCUAUGAUUCAUUUUCAACGAGUAAUUUUCAGUUACAUGCAGCUAUUUUAUGGACCAUAAAUGAUUUUCCAGCCUACGGUAAUUUAUCGGGAUGGAGCACUAAAGGAAAAUUGGCAUGUCCUACCUGCAAUCUUGAAACAUCUUCUCGUAGGCUUCCCAAUGGGCAUAAAACAUGCUAUCUUGGUAAACAUCGUUUUUUACCAACUAAGAAUCCUCGGAGAAAAAAUGGUAAAGCAUUUGAUGGUACCAAAGAAAAUCGUAGUGCACCAAAACAACUCUCACGGGAUGAUAUUCUUGCACAGUACAAUGAAUUUUCUUAG